AUGGAGUUGCUUAUCGUGGUGCAUGAUUGGUGGAAUAACAUUUCUCAGUUAAAUAGAAGUCUGGCAGAAAUAAAUAAUCAAGUCUGCAACUGCAACAACCACGCUCGUCAAUGCCGCUUCAAUAUGGAACUAUUUAAGCUCUCCGGACGUAUCUCUGGCGGAGUUUGUGUAAAUUGUCGGCACUUUACCACUGGACGACACUGUCAUUAUUGCAAGGAAGGCUACUACCGUGAUCCAACUAAGAAACUAAAUCAUCAUCGUGUAUGCAAACCUUGUGAAUGCCAUCCGAUCGGCUCGUCGGGCAAAACUUGCAACAACACCUCUGGCCAAUGCCCCUGCAAGGAUGGUGUGACCGGUCUCACCUGCAAUCGCUGCGCGCGUGGCUAUCAGCAGAGCCGUUCACACAUUGCGCCAUGCAUCAAAAUUCCUGCACGCAAAGCGAAUAUGUUGGACACACAGAACACCGCGCCUGAACCAGAUCCACAUGAUACCAAUGCACCUUAUCGCACAGAAGGUGGGAGGGAAUGCGAAAGAUGCAAAAUAAGCACAAAAAGGUUAAACCUCAACAAAUUCUGCAAAAGAGACUACGCAAUAAUGGCGAAAGUGAUUGGCCGCGAAUCGAGUACCGAAGUAACGAGCAGCAGCGAACAAUACACCAAAGAAAAUCAACAAAUGGAUCGCGACGACGAAACGGAGGCCAUGGAGGACAACGCACCCGAAACGGUCAAAUACGACAUACAAAUACAGGCGAUCUUCAAGCGUACCCCGCUCGAGUACGCAACAACGAAUACAAUCCUAAAACGGGGUCCUUUGACCUGGAUCAUACCAAUUAAGAAUCUAGAAUGUCGUUGUCCCAGAAUCAAAAUGAAUCGCUCCUAUCUGAUACUGGGCAGAGAUUCGGAAUCGCCACCGGGCUAUCUUGGCAUCGGUCCGCGUUCCAUUGUGAUCGAGUGGAAGGAUGAAUGGUAUAGACGUAUGAAACGCUUCCAGCGGCGUGCGCGAACGUGUCAGUAAAGUGAAUUGAGAAAAAGCACAACAAUUUUAAAAUUGGAAAACACACACACUUCCACACAAACAAACAUACGUACAUACAUGCGCAUAUUUUAAAUGUAUUUGUAUUUAUAAAAAAAUAAUGAUAAUUUCAAAUAGUUUUAAGGCAAACUACUUAAAUGCAUUCAAAGUCGAGUAAGCCGAAUAACACACACACACAUACAUGCAUACAAUUAUAAUGUAUUUGUAUAUAUGUACGUACAUAUGUAUGUGCAAAAAAUACAUACGUAAUCGUAUGCAUCUGAAUGAAAUCGUUAAUUUUUCGCUGUGUAAAAACAAAAAUAUUUUAUUGUACCUAAAUUAAUCGAAGAAAGCACAAAAAGUUGCAAUAAUUUAACUAUUUCUUUAUUUUAUUAUUUUUUAAUUAAU